CUUCGUGAAUGAGAACCCUUACACAUAUAUACAUAUAUAUGUAGCACUACAAUACUUAUAAAACAUAUAUAUACUGAUCGAUAUAUAUAUAUAGAUAUAAUGGAGGAGAUACGAAGUGCAGCAAAGGCGUAUUAUGAAAAGUCCAACGAAGGAAAGCAACAGGCUGAGGAGUUGUACCAAUGGCUGGACACAAAACAAAAUGGUUUCAUAGGGUUCAAAGUUUAUAGGGAAAAGCUCUACCAUCUGAAGGAAAAGCUCAACAACAAGGGUGUUACUGAGCCCAUCUUUUUCGGUCAUCUGGACAGAAACGAUGAUGGGCGUCUAGACAAGCAAGACGUUAUCACCUUGUCAUAUCUUAUCUAUAAUGGGAAACUUUUGUUUUGCGAGAGCUGUGGAGCUUUUCUCAUCGGCCAAUAUUUUAGCUGCGUCAAAUGCUUCGCUUCUACAACCGACGGUUCAUUCUACAAGCUGUGCAGCCGUUGUUACCACCGUGAUAUGUUCGACCACCACGCAGACCACACCCAGUUUACUGCUGAUCUAUCGCUGCUCAUGAAAACCAGACAGCACCGGGCUAAAACCAAUCCUUCUUUGUUAGAGGACCCUUUCAAAUUACUACGUUUAAGUUUUCUUGCUUAUAAACUUGGUUCUUUCGCCGGAGCAACUAUUGCGGGUACUGGAGUCGGAGUUGCCGCAAGUAGUGGCGUAGCUGCAUGUGACUUUGGUUCUGCUUCGGAUUCUACAUCUGUCGCAGCAGAAGCAGCAGAUCCAAGUUCCUUUACAGAUAUCCUUUCCACAGUGUUUGAAAAUGUGUUGAAUUUUUUGUAAGCAUCGAAAUGAAGAGGCAUAUGCCUUUUAAUAUUCACCUUUGGUUGUUGUUGUUAAUUGUCGUUUAUUGCUAGAAUUUUGUAUGUGUUGUCUUAAGUUACUAGUUUGCCUAUGUUCUUUUGUGUGCUAUAUGGCAACUAUGUAAAACAAGAAAUAUCAUUUUGGCCCUUGAUCUUUUUGAAUACGCGAUUAGUUUUUGUGUUU